UUUUACGGCAGCUGCACUUCUGCCGCACAGCAACACAGACUGUCGCAACCGUGCAGAGGUCACAACACAGGAUUAAAGUAUGGGCGGCGACCACGGCCACAGCAAGAUGUCCAUGCCGGACUGCCGGCAGUGGAAGGUGGAGGGCACGCCCUUGGAGUUUACACAGCAGAGGUUGGCAGCCAGGGGCCUUAAGGACCCGUGGGCACGUAACGAGGCGUGGAGGUACUCUGGUGGUUUUAAGCAUGCUGUGACUUUUUCUGAGGUGCUGCUGAGAGGAUUCAAGUGGGGCUUUGCUGCCUUCACUUUGGCUCUGGCCGUGGAGUACGCCUUCUUCCCCCCCCCCAAGAAGGGCGGCCCCCACUAAUCUUUGAAUCCACUUACUCAUUAAACCUUUCUGAUGCAAUCA